UCGCACAAUACCAAGUGAAAAACGGAACCAUAUAAUCGAAUUAACAAUUUUUUUUUUGUUUUUUAUUUUACGUUGACUAUUUACUUGCGUCUGAAGUGCGAGUGUGUGUGUGCUUCCAAGAACUUUAAACCCAAAAUGCAGCAUCUCCUCAUUUGGGCCCUUGUGGCAGCGGGCAUUGCGUCCUUGCCCCAAAUUUCGAUAGGUAAAAAGCUCGAGAAGCGCUGUGUGAACUGCACAUAUCGUACGUACUACACAUAUGGCGAUGGCCGAUCCCUGCAGCGGGUCGUCUAUAGAGAUCCGGUCUACACACGUGCGCAAUCCUACGGAUGCAGCGGCAAUCCGUGCGGCGUGAAUGCCGUUUGCCAGGAGGCCGCCGGCGGACGGCCGGUCUGCUCCUGCCCGCCGGGAUUCAGCGGUAAUCCGCUCACCCACUGCAAUCGCGGCGAGUGCCUCGACAACGUCGACUGCCGCGGCGACCUGCAGUGCAAGGACAAUCGCUGCGUUAAUCCUUGCGUGGGUGCCUGCGGCAUUGGCUCCAAUUGUGACGCCCGCAACCACGUUGCAGUGUGCAGCUGCCCCGCGGGCUACAAUGGCGACCCAUACCACGCCUGCCACCUCAACGAUCCAGAGGAGCAGUGCCACCCGAGUCCGUGUGGCGUGAACACCAAGUGCGAGAUCAUCAACGGGGUGCCGACGUGUUCGUGCCACCACGGCUACGUGGGCAAUCCGCUGAGCGGGUGUCGCCACGAGUGCGACCAGGAUGCGGACUGCAACAGCCGGGACAUGUGCAGCAACUUCAAGUGCGUGCCGGCGUGCGGUCAGUGCGGCACUGGCGCCACCUGUCGGACGGUCAGCGGCCAUCGGGCGGUGUGCGAGUGCCCCAAGGGAUACAUCGGUAGUCCGUACACGGAAUGCCGGCCGGAGUGCUACGGCGACGUGGACUGUCCGGCGGGACGACCCGCCUGCUUCUACGGCAUCUGCAAGAACACCUGCGAGGGAGCCUGCGGCAUUGGAGCCGAUUGCAACCUGCGCGGCCUGACGCCCGUGUGCAGUUGUCCCCGCGACAUGACCGGCGAUCCCUUCGUCCGCUGCCGUCCCUUCACCAAGGAGGACCUCUGCGAUCCCAAUCCGUGCGGCACGAACGCCAUCUGCGUCCCGGGACACGACAACACCGGUCGCGAGCGACCCGUCUGCAAUUGCCUUCCCGGACACACCGGCAAUCCGCUGAGCCACUGCACCCGGGGCGAGUGCCUGAGCAAUAAUGAGUGUCCUGACCACCGGGCGUGCAUCAACUACCAGUGCAUCGAUCCCUGCAUCGGCAAGUGCGCCACUGGCGCCAGUUGCGAACCCAAGGCCCACCUGGCUGUCUGCCGCUGUCCACAAGGACAGUCCGGCGAUGCCCUGGUGUCCUGCCGCCAGACACGCACCUUCCCGGUGGCCAAGUACCACUGAGGAGGGAGGAGUCCUUCGCCGCCGGAGGAGUUGUGCCGCAGCCGCACUGCCUGCCAGUCCAUUCCACUCACCUUUCGACCCUGCCCCAAUCGAAGCACCAGACCUUCUGUUCACCCGUUUCCCUACUAGUCGUUGCCACUAACCGCGUUCUCUCUCUAACUGAAUCGAACAACAACAAAUGUGUUGAAAACAAUAAGUAAUAAAAGUAAAUAUUAAUAAA